UCGUGUUGCGAAGUUGCUUUGGAAAUCCUUUCCUAAAUUAUAAAUUAUUAAAGUACUCACAAAAUGAUCGGUAGAUUGUCUUUUUGGUACAAAGACAACGUUUCUAACGAGGUGGAUUGCGUGGCCUGUCGUUUGGUCAGUGGAAUUGGUCUUCUUGGGAUCGGUGCAUUUCUUUUGGCGCAAUCGAAGAGGCGUCCAAAACCUCUGGAGAGCAACAUAAUGAAAAGCCUGGCUGCAGCCGUCGGAUUAAUAGGCGUGGCCCGUCUGGCAGAUGCGAAUUUCCUAAAAGCAAAUGCCGAGGAACCGAAGGAACAGGAAACCAAGACUUCAAAGACUACCAGUGAUCACCAGUUCUUUUUUAGACGUUAGUUAAAUAAGUUCUUUAAAUAUAGUUGCGAAAUCGUCCUCUUUGUCAACAUUUAAGUAUAUGACUAAUAAAUGUAAUGGGUUCUGUUUUCGGAAUUUAUCAUUAUUAUAAAUAUA